AUGGUGUCUCGCCGAUUCAUCCCUCCGCCUCCGUGCACGCAGGCCCUGUCCAGCACCACAUUCCGACCUCCGCCUUUGGAUGGAUCGUUGACCCUCGCUGAGAUGUUCGACUGGCACUUAGACCAUAACCAAAACCACCGUCUCUUUGUAUUUCCACUGAACGAUGGCACCAUCAGAGCGAUCUACUGGCCUGAGGCAGUCAAAGCCGUGUACACGGGUGCCAGCAUCAUCCAAGCACGUAUAGCCGACACUGCUGUGGCCGACGGGGCACCAAUUGUUGUAGCCAUAUUGGCUCUAUCUGACGCGAUCCCGCAUUUUACCAUGAUGAUGAGCAUCAUGCGGGCGAACUACGCCGUAUUCCCAAUCUCUCCCCGCAAUUCGCCAAUGGCCGUUGCACACCUAAUCGAUAAGGUUGGGGUCUGUCAUGUCCUCGUCGGACGAGAGCCAGCUAUGCAGGACCUCGCCAACGAAGCGUUGGGUAUCCUUAUAACACGGUACGGAGCAGAGAAGCUACCGACGUUCUCACCGAUGCCGCUCUUCGAGGAGCUAUUUCUCUCCACGGAAGCCGGCUGCUCCGAGAGCCUCCCUGUGCCUCCGCUGUACGUCUACAAAGGUCCAGAUACUGUUGUCAUGGUUCUACAUUCUUCAGGCUCUAUCUCAUUUCCGAAACCGAUAUAUCGAACCAACCAUUGCCUGUGUCAACUAUGUCUCAUUCCUUGGUUCGGGGAACGCGAUCUGACUGGUCAGGUGUUUUCUCUGCAUACGAUGCCAAUGUACCACGCAAUGGGUGUCCAGCAGCUCUGUACGACGGCAUCCUCAGGAAUGGUGGUCAGCUCGUUCGAGCCGCAGUUGCUGGCACCUAUCCCAACACCCGAUGCCCUGUUCGUCGCUGCCAAAGCGACGGAAACCGACAUUCUAUUUUGCGUGCCAUCCUUUGUCGAGGCCUGGUCUCGGAACCCAGAAUAUGUACGCUGGCUCGCGACUCGUGGUGGUGUGCUCUUCGGCGGUGGUCCCUUGAAUAAGGAGGCGGGCGACUACAUGACGUCGCAGGGUAUCUCGAUUUUCAAUUUGUACGGCUCGACGGAGAGUGGUACUGCCAGUCAAAUGUUGCCAGCUGAGGUCGGCUACGACUGGGAUUACUUCAAGUUCUCUGGACGUGUUACGCCGCACAUGAUUCCGUACGGAAACAAAGCAUAUGAGCUUGUUAUGAUGGAGAACGAAUAUUGUCGUCCAAGUGUGAUCAACACAAAAGUGAAUGGCGCGGAUGCAUAUGCGACAUCUGAUCUGUUGGUCCCGCACCCAACGAAGCAUGGGUAUUGGAAGGUGUACGGCAGGACCGACGAUCAGAUCAUACACAGUACCGGGGAGAAGACAAACCCGGUACCACUGGAGAACAUGCUCAAUCAAAAUCCACAUGUUCUGGCGUCUGUGAUGUUCGGACGUGGUCGGUUCCAGGCCGGGGUUCUUGUCGACCCCAGACCUGAGUACAGGUUCGAUCCGGCUAACGAAACCAGGCUUGCAGAGUUCAGAAAUAUGAUCUGGCCGGCCGUGGCACGGAUGAAUGCAUGUGCGCCUCAGCAUUCCAGGCUAUUCAAAGAGGCCAGUAUGACACGAUUAAGCAUGAUCAUUGUCGCAAAGCCGGGAAAACCUUUCACGUAUACAGCGAAGAGCACUGCACGCCGUCGGGCCAUCAUCGAUGACUAUGCCGAUGACAUCGAUACCCUCUACGACAACCUCGAGAAAACGACCCAAUCUGGUAUCCCGCCUCCGUCACACUGGGAUGUACUCACCACGCUCGAAUUCGUCCGUGCAGUCGUCAAUGAGGUUCUGGUGCACAAUGUCGAAGAUAACGACGAUAUAUUUCAAUACGGCUGCGACAGUCUCCAAGCCACACAUAUCAGGAAUGUGUUGUUGCGCGCCUUGCGUGACUCUGAGCUGCCUGACACGCGCACGAGCAUUGGCAACCUCGUAUACGACCAUCCCACUAUUUCACGUCUCGCCUCGUUCCUCCUUGGACUGGCGACCGGCUCCACGGGCACGCCCAGAUCGCUAGAUGAACGAGUUGACAAAAUGGUCGCGAUGGCUACAAAGUAUUGCCAGGGGAUCCCAGGUCAUGGACCCACAGCGUCAGCAACACGCCUCGAGAACGUCAUCCUAGUGACAGGUACCACUGGCAGCCUUGGGAGCUUCCUGCUCUCUCGCCUCGUCGACGAUCCGUCUGUUGUACGUAUCUACGCGUUGAACCGUCCUUCCAGAGACGGAGAAGAGCUGCUAUCGCGACAGAAGGCCGCUCUGUCGUCUCGCGGGCUUGUAAUCGCCAUACUCGAGAGUACAAAGGUUUUACUUUUGGAGGCCGAUGUCUCAGUGGUCGGUUUCGCGCUCCCGGAACAGGUAUAUUCAGAGAUGCAAAUUUCUGUAACACAUGUGAUUCACAACGCUUGGCGGGUAGACUUCAAUCUGUCUCUUGAGUCGUUUGAGCCGAAUGUCAAGAGUGUGCGCAACCUAGUUGACUUCGCAUUAUCAUCCCCACGUCCUACUCCGCCGCGCAUGCUAUUCACCAGUUCCAUGGGUAUCUUCCAGAAUAUCGAAACCGGCCAACUCGCAGAACACGUCGUAAAGCCCGACGUCGCUGUUGGGUCGGGCUAUUCGGAAUCAAAAUGGGUAGCUGAACGAAUCCUCUUGGAAGCGGCACGGAAGACGACUCUUGAAGUUCUCGUCGUGCGCGUUGGUCAGAUAUGCGGAGGAGGGCCUGACGGGGCGUGGAAUGCCCACGAAUGGUUUCCUGCCAUGGUGCAGAGUGCCACGAAACUGGGCUGCUUCCCGGAUGACCUCAUGACAGUGUCGUGGGUGCCGUUGGAUACCGCAGCCACUGCGAUGGCAGGGCUCAUUUUAGCCCCGUACAAGGAAGACAUCGUACAUUUGGUUCAUCCCCGUCCUGUCUCUUGGAUGUCACUCGCGACCAUCAUCGCGAACGAGUUGGAUGUUUCCCUCGUCCCCUUCGACCAAUGGCUCUCCAAGCUCGAAGCACUACACUCAUCCCAUGCUCCUCGCCCAGGUCAGGCGCGAGCCGAGGCCGAGUCACUGCGGAGUGUGCGUGCCUUGCGCUUGCUCCCCUGGUUCAAGGUACUUUCGACUUCGCGAGACAAAUCGGAGGCAUCGGGUUGCCCGGCUCCCUCUGCAUCCCGUGCUACGGAAAUGUCCCCUAUCCUGGCAGCUGCAGCUCCACUGACUGGCGCAGAUGUGAAACGGUGGCUAGCAUUCUGGCGCUCGGCGGGGUCGCUGUGA